AGCUCGGCCGCCGCCCUGCCCGGUCCCGGACCCGGUCCCGGUCCCGGUCAGCGGCUCCCCUCAGCUGUCGGGCCGUUCUCCAGGCCUCCUUCCAAGCCACACUUGAAUCUGUCUGCUGCAGAAGAGGGCAAGCUGUGUUGAAAACAGCUUCUGCCAUGAGAGGAGGUUCUCCUAUGUAUUUGUAACUGAUACAGUAAUCUGGACUUUGCACAGGAGGGGAAAAGCCCGACAUUCCUGAAAAUGGCAGCUGAGACAUCCACAGAAGUUCCAAAAACUGCUAGACAGUUCGUCCUUAAAGAAGAGGUAAUUGUAGAAAGAAAAUGGUUGAAGCUUGAAGAAACAACUUAUACUGAUCCCUUUGGUAAAACCAGAACUUGGGAAACUGUAAAGCGUACUGGCAACAAAAAGGGUGUUUCAGCUGACGGUGUUGCAGUGAUAGCGGUACUACAGAGAACUCUCCACUACGACUGUAUUGUCCUAGUGAAACAGUUCAGGCCCCCAAUUAACAGCUAUUGCUUGGAAUUUCCUGCAGGCCUCAUUGAGGAAAAUGAGACUGCAGAAAGCGCUGCAUUGCGAGAAUUGGAGGAAGAAACUGGGUACAAGGGGGAAGUCAUUGAAUGUACUCCAGCUCUCUGCUUGGACCCAGGUUUGUCAAACAGCACGACACACAUUGUGAGCGUCACCAUUAAUGGAGAUGAGGCUGAGAAUACAAGACCUAAGCAAAAACUUGGUGAGUUUUAAUUUGUGGAAGUUAUUUCACUUCCAAAGAAUGACCUACUGCAAAGAAUUGAUGAACUCAUAGCAGAAGAACAUAUUGCAGUGGAUGCCAGGGUUUAUACUUACGCAUUGGCCCUGAAGCGUGCAGCAGAAAAACCGCUCCAAGUUCCUUUUAUGAAGUUCUAAAACUAGACGAUGAGAAAUUUAGUUGAAAACUGCCCAAUUCAGAUGGCUUACAAGUGUAACUCUUCUUGUACUAAAGGUCCUUUGCUUUACUUGUAGAGCAAACAAAAGUAUUUGUAGGAAUGAUUCUGAUAUUUUUAUCUUGAAUUAUGUAACUGACAAAAAGCAUUUCUUCUAACUGCUCAGUCUAUCAAGCCUUGACAGAAUAAUCAUAAUAAAAAUGCUGUUUGAUUUUCAGAA